GAAUGGAUGUGUCCGUAUCUACCUAUGAGAUACAGUAACGGUAGAGCAGCAAAAUACAAAAAGCGCCACCAAGUUUUUCCGGCCGUUGUUUUAAAUGUUCAAAUCGUCGCGUGUGUAGUUGUGGCUGUUGUUGAUUUUGGUCUAUCGACAAAGCACAUAAAGAAGGCAUAGGAAAGAAGAAAGAAAUUGCAUAUUUUGUAUUUGUUUACAAUUGACAACUUAAAAAUUAUUGAUUAGAUAAACGAUCGCGAAUGAGCAUUGCCCUAACGCGGUUGUGCUGUGUUGAGAAGUUUUGAUUGUUCACUACAGAAUGGUGACUGUUAUGGCACAACACAGUUUUAAAAACGAUUGAUCUUCAAUUUAUCGGUUAUUUUAUUCUUACAAAAUCUAGCGUGUCUCAUACGUAAUAGCCGGUUUUGCAAAAUUUUUAAAAGUUUCCAUCGAAGAAAAUAUGUUUAAAGUGUAAUUUCCAAAUACGAAACCCUUAAGAUAACUCAUUUUUACUGAGAUCCACACCCGCUCCUCACUCCGUUACAGUCCAUUCUUGCUUGAUGUCUUUGUCUUUGGUGUUAUUGCUAUGCGUCGCUGGUAGUCACAUCACGGGCGUGCUAGGCGAGGAUGAGGCACGCGUAUCAGCCGUGCGUCGAUUGGUCAGUGCGCCAAUAUGCUGUCCUUUAGGCUGGUCCCUUGUCAAAAUCAAUAUGGGCUUUUUUCGACCCGAACUCUACGAAUGUCGUAAUGUGUUUCACAGUGGAGAUGACAAUGAGAACAGUAAAAACCCAAAUGAUCUAGAAAACGCCAUCGAAAUUUUCGAACGUACCGCUCCAGUUUAUGGUUACCGUAUUCAACCCGCCGAGUUAGAUAAAGGCGGCAAUUUCACCGGACAAAUCCCACAGUGCAAUCGGCAUAGAUUUCUCUUCCUCAUUGGCGACAAAGAGGUGGAGUUGCCGCCCAACACUUGCCUUACAAGCGUUGAUCAACGACUUGCCGCCAUCUCCUGCACGCCGACGAGAGGUAAAGCGCCACAAUCACUGAGUGUCGUACACAAGUGUUGUCCGCUCCGUUACGUAUACGACGCAGGGUAUCAAAAAUGUGUACCACAUGACGGCGAGCAGAACUUCCAACGCUAUGGCAGUGUGCUGCAACAGUGGACGAUCUUCGUGGAUGGCAUGGUAGAAUGUUCGCGUGAUAUGGUCCUAGUGGAGUACCACCUAAGUGAAAGCCAGUUGAAAUUCAUCGAUGGUAAAGUGGCCAUUACCAUAGGCAAUGAGUGGAAAAAGUUCAAGUUGCAGGAAUACUGCAUGGAAGCAAUUGAAGAAACGGCAGAUGAGAAUUAUGUAAACAAGCCAGUUUUUUUAGUGCGUACUUGUCAACCGAGACGUGUGUGUCAGAUCAUGGCUUGCAUUCGGCGCUGCUGUACGGAUGGUGAAAUUGUCACAAAGGGCAAUGCGACGUCUUAUUGUAAACGUGACGAGGCGGAUGUGGGCUUCCACAGUUUCGAGAGCCUCCAGAUAAGUGGAAACUUCACAAAACCUUCAGUGUUUGGUAUUUUACGUGGUUUGAAUUGCCAAAAAUUCCUGCUGAACCCCGACAUAUACAACGUAGAUGCGCACACUAUUAACUCCAACGAUGGAUCGCUUUAUAUCCCCGCCGGCAUGAAAAAUUACACCAAUAGCCAGUAUUGCGUAGAGAAGAUACGCAACUCAUCGUUUGGCGAACAGAAGCUCUAUUCAUUUCUUUGCUUCGACUCGAAAGUGGUUAGCAAUGAGAAGAUUCGUUUCAAAAUGUAUCCAAUUGGACUGUUGAUUUCAUGCUCCUUCUAUGCACUAACACUGGGCGUGUAUUUAUCCAUUUCACGUCUACGUAAUUUGCCCGGAAAAAUUUUAAUCUGCUUAGUAAGUAAUUUAUUUGCAGCUUAUUUGGGCAUUGCAUUGGGCCAACUCAUACCAACGAACAACGACAAUAUAUGCUUUGUAUCAGGAUACUUCAUAUACUUUUGCCUCAUGGCCGCAUUCGCAUGGAUGAAUGUAAUGUGCUUCGAUAUAUGGCAGACAUUUGGCUCAGCAAAGAAAAGACGUGGUUUUCAGACAAACGAAACGGGUCGUUUCUUACUCUACUCCCUCUAUGGCUGGGGCUUGCCGACUCUAAUGACUAUCAUUACAGUGUCACUGGCUAAAUCUGAUUUGCUGAGUGAGAAUUUGCGUCCGAACUUCAAGCAGGGUCGUUGCUGGUUCACAUAUGGCACAUUUGCCUCAGCAAAUUUACUUUUCUUCUCCGGACCUAUUGGUGUGCUCUCACUUAUUAACUUUGUACUGUUUCUACUAACACUACGCUACUGCAAUCGCGUGAAACGAGAGAUUUUCCGCAUGCAAAGUUCAAAUGCCGAGAAGCCAGUAUUGCGACGACGUUUCUUUGUAGACAAAGCUCGUUUUGCGAUGAAUACCAAACUUUUCAUUGUGAUGGGUAUUACUUGGUUCAUGGAAAUAUUGAGUAUUAUUUUAUACGAUCGCAAACAAAUGUUCUUUUGGGUGAUCAGCGAUUCAUUCAAUGUGCUACUGGGUGUUUUCGUAUUCUUCAUAUUUGUUUUCAAGAAACGCAUUUGGCAUUCAAUACUAACAAAGCUUGGUUUCCGUUCCAAUGAGCGGUCGAAAACGCUACCUCAUGCCACCUGCGCUACACAGUCCACUUAUGCGCCACAAAACCUAUCUAUGGUGCGCCUAAAUGCCAUCGAAGGCAAUUUGUCAUUGCUUUGUAAUGCGGCAAAGAAUUAGCUUAGACAUUGUUGUUCUCCCACUCAUAUGUGUGUAUGUACAUGUGUGCAUUGUGAUUUCGUAAUAUUUGUAUAUAAUUUAUAUUCUUUCUAGGUGUGUUAAAUUGCUGCUGGUCACGAAAAUCUACGAAUUGACAAUUUUGUACACAUUUGGAUGUUAUUUUAUUAGCAUUACGCUUGCUUGUAGGAUAUUUAUUUACCAUUAAAUGCCAUAUUUAAAU